CUCUACUGAACUUCCUCUGUGUUUAUCCCAUCCGCCAUUGCAGCACCUCCAAAGAAGCUCCCUCCAUCCAUGGCCGCCGCCGCCGAGAUGGCUCUCGUGAAGCCUAUGUCGAAGUUCUGCAGCAGAACUCCUGAAUUCGGAAGCCCUAGAACGAGAGCAAUUCCAUUCUCUUACUCCAAAUUCACCGCCAUUAAAAUGUCUGCGACUUCCUCUCAAUCACCUCCUAAGUCUUCGAAGAACGCUAGCAAGGCUGCGAUUAAGGAGACGCUUCUGACUCCGAGGUUCUACACGACUGAUUUUGAUGAGAUGGAGACGCUUUUCAACACCGAAAUCAACAAGAAUUUGAACCAAGCUGAGUUUGAGGCUUUGCUCCAGGAGUUCAAGACUGAUUAUAAUCAGACGCAUUUUGUGAGGAAUAAGGAGUUUAAGGAAGCUGCUGACAAAAUGGAAGGAGCUCUCAGACAGAUUUUUGUGGAGUUUCUGGAGAGGUCUUGUACUGCUGAGUUCUCUGGGUUUCUUCUCUACAAGGAGCUGGGAAGGAGGCUUAAGAAAACAAAUCCAGUGGUGGCUGAGAUUUUCUCUCUGAUGUCCAGGGAUGAAGCCAGGCAUGCUGGGUUUUUGAACAAGGGUCUAUCCGAUUUCAACUUGGCAUUGGACUUGGGAUUCUUGACAAAGGCUAGAAAAUACACAUUUUUCAAGCCCAAGUUCAUCUUCUAUGCAACAUACUUGUCUGAGAAAAUUGGUUACUGGAGAUACAUAACCAUUUACAGACAUCUCAAAGCCAACCCUGAGUUCCAAUGCUAUCCCAUUUUCAAGUACUUUGAGAACUGGUGCCAGGAUGAGAACAGGCACGGUGAUUUCUUCUCUGCAUUGCUCAAGGCACAGCCUCAGUUCCUCAAUGACUGGAAGGCUAAGUUGUGGUCUCGAUUCUUCUGCUUAUCGGUGUAUGUGACAAUGUAUCUCAAUGAUUGCCAAAGAACAGCAUUCUAUGAAGGAAUUGGACUUAACACUAAAGAAUUUGACAUGCAUGUAAUCAUUGAGACUAACCGAACAACGGCAAGAAUUUUCCCGGCUGUACCAGAUGUUGAGAAUCCCGAAUUCAAGAGGAAACUGGACAGGAUGGUGGAGAUCAACGAGAAGCUGAUUGCUGUAGGAGAAAGCAAUGAACUUCCAUUGGUGAAGAACUUGAAGAGGAUCCCACUUGCUGCAGCAUUAGUAUCUGAGGUUUUGGCUGCGUAUUUGAUGCCUCCAAUUGAAUCUGGAUCUGUUGAUUUUGCAGAAUUUGAGCCUCAACUUGUGUACUAAAUUUUUGUACUUAGCUUAUCUCCACUCAUCUUUUUAGUAUGUCAAGUUUGAAUGAGUGUAAUCUGUUAUGUAAUGUUUGUAAAAAAAUCUCAUCACAAACAUUGAGUAAUGAAUUGGUCUUAGUUAAUGAGCCUCCUUUUCUGCUGCA